CGCUCGCUCCCAUCCACAUUCCACACCUUCGUUUGGCGUGUUGUUUGCUGUUGCUGUUGCCGUUGCUGUUGUUGUCUCCGUCUGCCUCGCCGGUCUGGAGUCGGGUGUUUCUACAAUCCCCCCUCUUGGUGUCUCUGAUCUGCAUGUUUCACCCUCUGGCCCAGUGACUGAGGUUUAGUGAGAGGGGAGAAGAACACCACACUCGUUGAGAAGAAGAAAAAAGAGAGCUCUUGUUGAUUCAUCGUCUGUUGCUCUAUACUUCUAUCUUGUUUACGGUUACUACCGCUCCACCAUGCGUGGUCUUCCUUUGCUCUUCAUCCUCCUGCUCGCAACCCUGUCGGCGGCCUGGCCGUGGCGGCCGUAUGGGUUGACACACGGGGAGGUGGUCAACAAGCGAGCUGAUAAGUCGACCUCCUCCACUACCACCGAGGCCACCACGGGCGCGGCAGCCUCUUCGACCACGACCGCCACAGAGACAGGCACUUCCAGUGGAGGAACCUCGGCGUCAACAUCGACUUCAACAGGCACUGAUACGUCGACGACGACGGCGACCAAGUCAGAUACAAAGACCACGACAGGCACCGACACGGGGACAUCUACCGGAACAUCGUCGGGCAACACAACCACCUCUUCCAUCCCCGCCGAUGCCGCGGCGGGCGGUAUCUCCAUGAUGACUCCCUCCGCGGGCUCGACGACCUACUACCGCAUCGGCGAGUACGUGACCUUUGCCUGGAACUACACCUCGCUAUCCGUGACCCCGUCGGCCGUCAACGUCGUCGCCUCAUGCAGUCUUAACGACCAGAUCUAUACCAUCUCCGGCAACAUGAGCGUGGGCCCGACUGGCCGUGUCACCUGGGAUACCAACAACUACAAGGGCUCUGCCACGGCACCCUUGCUCACUGCCACCUACACCUUGAUCAUCUAUGACGCCAGCAAGUCUAUCAGUGACACCGCCAGCCCGGGCUAUCUGUCGGCCGCCUCGACCACUUUUGCCAUGUACACUGCGCAGCCAUAUACUCCACUAAAUGAAUAUCUCUGCGUCACCUGCAGCGGAGCCUUCUCCGAAAUGGAGCGCAACGCUCUCAAAUUCGCCGCCGGCAUGUUCACCAUCACCGUCCUCUCCUUCACCUGGUUCGUGGGGGGGACGCGCAUGUUGACUCUCUAAUCGAUCUAAUCCUCCUUCUCCAUUAAAUCCUUCGACAUAUUUCUCUUCCAUGAAUAUAUGGUUUGCAUCGAGCAGCGAUUUCCUUCAUGAUCAUCAUUAGGUUGGGA